UUAAAUUCGUACAAAUAAAAGGUACAUAUCCAGUUGGUGUGUGUGAGAAAAUCUGCAUUGUCAUAAUUGGUUGAGGUUCGUACUUGGGCUUAGAUGUACAGGAAUACCCGUCACGAUGCAGAUACGUCAACCAACGGGACUAACUGGCGAAAGGGCGACCCUCACCAUGUGUCGUGCAAGGAAGGAUCGCGUCUUGCUGCUGCAGCAAAGCGCUUUGUCGUGACCACCCGGUCUUGUGUGUUGCAGGUGGGUGAGCUCCUGACUUCCCAAAGUGACGCCAAGACCUUUCCAGCCCCGACCUGUGCCGCCCCGUGAGGCAACCCAGCCGACUCGCGCCGCAGAGGUGGGAGGGGAAUUUGAGCGAACAGACAGAUUGGCAAGGCAGCUCACUCACUAAUCAAAAUGCCAGUCCAGUGUCCACUUUGCGGGAGAAAGUGUUCUUCAGCAUCUGCGCUAAGGACCCACGUGAUGCGCACCCACACAGGAGAAAAGCCAUUCGAGUGCGCGUUGUGCGACAAGAAGUUCUCCAGUGCUAGUCAUCUGCGGAAACAUUUUCGCACCCACACAGGAGAAAAGCCAUUCGAGUGCACGUUUUGCGACAAGAAAUUUUCCAGUGCUAGUAAUCUGCGGGAACAUCUUCGCACUCACACUCGUGAAAAACCAUUCGAGUGCACGUUGUGCGACAAGAAGUUCUCUGUUACCAGUAAUCUAAAGAGACAUCUGCGCACUCACACUGGAGAAAAGCCAUUUGAGUGUGCGAUGUGCGACAAGAAGUUCUCUGUUACUAGUAGUCUACAGAGACACCUGCGCAUUCACACUGGAGAAAAGCCAUUUGAGUGUGUGUUGUGCCACAAGAAGUGGCCCAAUGCUAGUGAUCUGCGGCAACAUCUUCGCACUCACACUGGAGAAAAGCCAUUCGAGUGCACGUUGUGCGACAAGAAGUUCUCACGUACUAGUGAUCUGCGGGACCAUCUUCGCACUCACACUCGUGACAAACCAUUCGAGUGCACUUUGUGCGUCAAGAAGUUUUCCAGAACUCAAGGUCUGCGGAACCAUCUUCGCACUCACACUGGAGAAAAGCCAUUCGAGUGCACGUUGUGCGACAAGAAGUUCUCUACGUCUUUUGGUCUACAGCAACACCUGAGCACUCACACUGGACUAAAGCCAUUCGAGUGCUCGUUGUGCGACAAGAAGUUCUCUGUUACCAGUAAUCUAAAGAGACAUCUGCGCACUCACACUGGAGAAAAGCCAUUUGAGUGCGCGUUGUGCGACAAGAAGUUCUCUGAUACUUGUGAUCUACAGAGACACCUGCGCAUUCACACUCGAGAAAAGCCAUUUGAGUGUGCGUUGUGCGCCAAGAAGUUCUCUACCCCUUCUGGCCUGCGUGUUCAUCUUCGCACUCACAUUGGAGAAAAGCAGCUCAAGUGAACUUGUCUAAAUCUGAAGUACUGUGGAGAAUGCAUACCUGUGUGGCAACGUGAGGUAGUUUGCAAUCGCAGUUUCAAAAUUCAUCCUUGCUACAGUUAGUGUGAACAACUGACGAUGUAUCAAUUAAAAUUCAAUCGAAUCA